GACUCAGGACGAUCCAAACUUUGAUUCAUUGGAAACUUGCCUAUCCUCAGAUAGGCAUGAACAGGACAAAAUGGAGUCCUCUAAUAGGACCAUGAUGAGGCCUCCUCUGUCCACUGCCCACCUUACCUAUCCUCGGCACCUCUGGUCGUCUGAAGCACUCACUGGGAAUGGGGCUGGGGCAGCCACCCCAACCCCUGUCUUCCACACCUCUGCCACUUCCAGGUCACCUGCUGCUGGCGGGCAAUCAGAAGCAUCGAGGCCUUCUGCCAGCUUCUCACCUCAGUCAAAGCGCAAGGAGGCCAGAGUGCUUGAGGAACAUGGAGGGGGCAGAGUGGGAUACCCCAGGAAGACCAACCCAAGGCCUGAGGUUGGGCAACAGGGAGCCAGUGCCCCUUCAGGGAUCCAGCUCAGGGCUCCCCAGCUGGGAAUCCUGCUUUGUCUUUCCGCCACCUUGGGCAUGGCCCUGGCUGCCUGCCUCCGCUGUCUACACACCCAGUAUUGCCACAGGCGGACAGAAGUGUCCUUCAGUGAGCCUGCUGGGGAUGCUGUUGCCAGGAGUGAUGGUGGUGAGACAGUCCGUGUCAGGAAGAUUGGGGAGAACAGUUUUGUUUUGGUUGAAGCAGAAUACAACUGGACCCCUUCCUCUGUGGGUAACGAGAAAACAGUCCUCUGAGCCGACCGUCGUCCUAGGCCUCCGAGUAGCCCUCCUCAGACCCUGCAGUUUCUCAGCCAGAACAGAGCUAAUGAGA